AUGGACGAUAAAAAUUCAACCGGAAGUGGCGGAGGCGGUGGUGGCAGCAGCACAGGCGGUGGAAGUGGUGGAGGUGGUGGUGAAACGAAAGUGAUCUAUCACAUCGACGACGAAACAACACCGUACCUAGUGAAGAUACCGUUACCGGCGCCACAGGUGACACUAAAAGACUUCAAGCUGGUACUGAACAAGCAGAACAUCAAUUACAAGUACUUUUUCAAAUCGAUGGAUGCGGACUUUGGCGUGGUAAAGGAGGAGAUCGCGGACGACUCAACAAUACUGCCGUGCUUCAACGGGAAGGUCGUUUCAUGGUUGGUUACCGCCGACGGUUCAAAUCAGUCGGACUGUUCCGAGCUUCAGCCGACAGAGAUGAUCGAUGGGCGGCCAACAUUGGCCCAGCUACGCAGUAUGAACAAACCGACGAUGAACAAUAUGAUGAAUAUGCCAAUGAAUCCGCUCACCUACCAGUCUGCAUCGGUCGUAUCAAGUGAUCUUGAUUCGACCAGUCUCUUCGAAACGGAAAGCGAAAUUACGCUUGAUCGCGACAUGACCGAGUGCAGCAGCGUGCAACGGUUGCAGGUGCGCAAGAAGCCCCAGCGGCGUAAAAAACGCGCUCCAUCGAUGUCACGCACUUCGUCCUACAGUUCGAUCACCGAUUCGACGAUGUCGCUGAACAUUAUCACGGUGCAGAUCAACAUGGAUACAGUGAAUUUUCUAGGCAUCUCUAUUGUGGGACAGUCGAACCGUGGCGGUGACGGUGGCAUUUACGUCGGUAGCAUAAUGAAGGGUGGUGCGGUCGCACUGGAUGGGCGAAUCGAACCGGGUGACAUGAUCCUGCAGGUGAACGAUGUAAACUUUGAAAACAUGACCAACGAUGAAGCCGUCCGGGUUUUGCGCGAGGUGGUGCAAAAACCGGGCCCAAUCAAGCUAGUGGUGGCCAAAUGCUGGGACCCAAACCCGAAGGGUUACUUUACGAUUCCGCGUACCGAACCGGUUCGACCGAUCGAUCCGGGUGCGUGGGUUGCGCACACGGCGGCACUACGUUCGCAGGACACGAUAAACACCGAUCUGCCAGAAUCGGUGCUUGAGCGGCUGCAUGCCGAUAUGGACAUGAAAGAUAUUGUACGUGCAAUGACAAAACCCGACAGUGGGCUUGAGAUUCGUGAUCGGAUGUGGUUGAAGAUCACCAUCCCGAAUGCAUUUAUCGGUGCGGACGUUGUCAACUGGAUACUGGAACACGUGGAUGGAAUCGGCGAUCGUAGAGAGGCGCGCAAGUACGUCUCAGUGAUGCUGAGGCGUGGCUACAUCAAGCACACCGUCAAUAAGCUAACUUUCUCGGAACAAUGCUAUUACGUCGUUGGUAAUGGCAUCCGACAGGACAUCUCGAACAUGUCACUCGAGGACACGGAGAGCAUGCUGAGCGAUAUUGCACCACUGCCAAAUCCGCCUAUCUACAUGACGUACUCUGGCAACUACAACCCGUCGCAUGGCUAUCAACCGAUCCAGUACGGGUGCACCGGCGAGCGGCAUCCGUCGUCCGGAUCGAGCAGCUCAGAUAUCCUCACGAGCAAGGACACGUCCGCGUCCCAGAGUGACCUUGCGGCCGUCAUACAGCAGACCAACCAGAUGACGAUCGCGAACGCAUCGAACAAAUCUUCCGGAUCCUCGAACCGCGGUAAUGAGCAAGACAUUUCAGCUACACUUCGUUUCGGUGAAGGAAAAAACAACGGAGACUUUAAGACAACGAGAGUGGGCAGCGGCGGCGGCGGUGGUGGCAUCGGUGGCAAGCUGAUCAGCACGAACGAUGACGAGGGAUACGAGGACAGCAUCUACUUCCAGCAUCAACCGAUGCAACCGACUCUGCAGCAUCAGCAGCAGCAACAUCAACUACAGCAUCAGCAAUCGUUCGGCCGGAAUGGCAGUGGCCGAAAGGAACCGGGACACAUAUACAACAAUCAGUAA